CACUUACUUUUUUAAAAUAAAUUAUUCUUACAUCAAAAUUUAUUUAGUGUUAUGGAGUCGGACAAAAAAUUACUAUUUCAUGACAGCAAUUGUUUAGUUUUUAAACCAUUAUUAUUUUUUAUUUUUUAUUUUUUGUCAUUGACAAAAAAAGGCUUCUGUUCUGUCUUUAGAAACUUUUACCAAAUAAAUAUAUCAAUUUUGAGCUUUUUAAUUUGCAUACACUAGUUAAUGGUAAAAGACUCAAAACCAAUAAUGGUUCGAACCAUGAAUAAUUUUUCAAAUGAUUGAAACAAAAGUAGGUUUUAGGCGGUGUGGUCAACCCAUUAAAAACAAGGAGUUCCUUACUCCUGUUGUGAAAUGAAAUCAAAGCACAGGGCCGGAAAGAAAAGAGAGGCCUACCCCUACAGAAUAUGAUUGGCGCUGGUCUGGACAACCCGAUUCUAAGCCAACAUGUCCUAGCAAUUCUUGACAAAUGCAGUCACCUCAACCAUCUCAAGCAACUCCAAGCCUUUCUCACAACCCUCGGCCAUGGCCAAACCCAGUUCUUGGCGUUCAAGCUCGUUCGCUUCUGCACUCUCUCCCUCUCCAACCUCCAAUACGCGCGUUUCAUCUUCAGUCAUCUCAAUUCCCCCAAUAUCUACCUUUACACCGCCAUGAUCACUGCCUAUACUUCCCAACCCGAUCACUGCUCGUCCCUUCUCUUGUACCGCGAUAUGGUUCGAAGGGGACGUCCUCGGCCCAACCAUUUCAUCUAUCCUCAUGUCUUGAAGUCUUACCCCGAAGUUCUGCAAUCUCAAGGCAUCGAAUUGGUGCAUACCCAGAUUCUGAAAUCCGGUUUUGGACGAUACCCAGUUGUGCAAACAGCUCUUGUGGAUUCGUACUCGAGGUUUUGUUCUGAUCUCGGGACCGCGAGACAGUUGUUCGAUGAAAUGUCUGAGAGGAAUGUUGUGUCCUGGACUGCAAUGGUUUGUGGGUAUACCCGACUUGGGAAGAUGGGGAAUGCUGUAGUGCUGUUUGAAAAAAUGCCUGAGAGAGACGUUCCGUCUUGGAAUGCUGUUAUUGCUGGGUGCACUCAGAAUGGGCUAUUCACUGAAGCAAUUUCGUUUUUUAGGAGAAUGGUCAUUGUUGCAGAAGAGGGCCCGAACCGGAACAUUAGGCCAAAUCAGGUUACUGUUGUCUGUGCACUCUCAGCCUGCGGACACACUGGCAUGCUCCAGCUUGGUAAAUGCAUCCAUGGUUAUAUUUAUAGAAACGGUAUUGGUCACGAUAAAUUUAUCUCGAAUGCUCUUGUAGAUAUGUACGGAAAAUGUGGGAGCUUGAAAGAAGCAAGAAGGAUUUUUGACAAGAUUCCAAAUAGAAACUUGACAUCAUGGAAUUCCAUGAUCAAUUGCUUUGCUCUCCAUGGCCAAAGCGAGAGUGCAAUUGGUGUCUUUGAGGAAAUGAUGCAGUCUGGGCAUGAUGUAAAACCAGAUGGAGUUACCUUUGUCGGCUUGUUGAAUGCUUGUACCCAUGGAGGGUUGGUUGAACAAGGCCGUUAUUAUUUUGAUUUGAUGAUCAGGGACUAUCUCAUUGAGCCUCAGAUCGAGCAUUAUGGGUGCUUAAUAGAUCUUCUUGGUCGAGCAGGAAGAUUUGAAGAAGCCAUGGAAGUCGUGAGGGGAAUGAGGAUCCCACCUGAUGAGGUUGUUUGGGGCUCUUUGCUUAAUGGAUGUAAGAUUCAUGGCCGUACAGAUUUGGCAGAAUUUGCGGCCAAAAAACUGAUUGAGAUGGAUCCAAAUAAUGGUGGUUAUGGUAUAAUGCUGGCAAAUGUUUAUGGGGAGUUAGGGAAUUGGGAUGAGGCCCGGAAGACAAGGAAGAUGUUGAAGGAGCAGAAUGCUCAUAAGAUCCCUGGUUGCAGUUGGAUUGAGGUUGAUAACGAAGUUCAUCAGUUCUAUUCUUUUGAUAAAACACAUCCCAGAACAGAGGACAUCUAUACGACUUUGCAAUGUGUGGUUGGUUUGUAUUAGUUAAUAGCUGCUGGACCUAUCUCCCACCCUCGUCAAGAACUGUCAAACAACACUUGCAGGUUCAUAAAUCUUUUGACCGGAGCUAAAAGCUGUGCUAUCUAUUAACAGCGAAAUGCUUCUUCUGUUUUGCUCCUGGUGGGCAUGCUAAUCAAGCGUUAACUUAAGUGGUUAAUGUGAAAAAAAUGGCCAAGGUUAUUUGUUCCAUAUGCUAUUUUCCAUCUUUUUUUUCUCUCUCAGGAAGAAGAGAAGAAAAAGUAAGAACAAGAAUGCAACUCUUUUUGGUUUUUUUGGUUGCAACAAAGGGGUAUUGAAGCUGUUAUAGUAAGCUCCAAUCUGAGAGAUUGGUUCAAGUUUGUCUUUUAACAGCUGUUCUAAGGAGAUUCUUUACAUACACCUUACUUGGACUUGGAGCUACAACUCUUCUAGAUAUUUGGACUUGGGAAUUUCAACUCUUCUCACUCUUGAAAAUUCUCUUGCACUUUCACUGAAAUUGGGCAAAGGCUUGAAGACCAUUAAGUGAUGGGUCAACGUGGUGUCGGUUAUAUAGCCUACAAAUAAAUGGUGGUGACACUGGAGGUCCUCAAAUGCAUCUCUGUAAUGACAAUACCAAUUUGAUGCUCUGUUUGGUAUGAAGAUGGAAAAUUGGACGAAAAGAAAGGUGGGAGGAAUGGAACAGGUAUACGUGGUCAAAGGAGUCUUGUCCUCAUUCGAUUUGGUUGAGUAGGAAGGAAAUAAGGAAUGGAAUGGAAUGGUUAUCGAGUAAUUUGACCAUUUCCCUUUCCCUAUUCCCUUCACCAAACAGUAGAAGCCUUCUCCCUCCUUCCCCAUUUUUUUUCUCCGCCUUCCUUCCUCUCUACAAAACACACUAAAGGUUUCUGAAGGUACGAGGCUGCUGAAGAGUUCAGGCAGUUCUCAGUUGCAGGGCCCUGUUAUGUAAGGCUGGACUUUUAGGGCCACUAGCAUUCAUUAUGAUGUUCCUUCCUACGCGAGAAACAGUGCAAAAAAGCGUGAGAAGCUCCAGUCCCUCUACAUUAUUUUGUGUUUACUUAAGGCUCAGCUGAGCAAACAAAGGCUCAUCUGCCGGAAAGCCAAUAUGAAAAGUUACGGUUAUGACAUGAACAGAGAGCAACAAUUCACCACAUCAAUUUUCUCUGCAGCUCCAAGUCAUGUUUUCCAAGCUUUGUCUUAGAAAAAGAAACACCUGAUGAAAAUCUGCGAGCUUUCUACUGCCAAUAUGGAAAAUGAUGUUGCAGGGGUAAUAUUAGCUCCUGGAGAAAAGUUUGUUACAGAAGUGGAAGAUAACAUAUACUGAAGUUGAAUGCCACAAGAAUUUUCAAACAAUGUUUGUUUCUACAAUUGUCUCAUAAUUAAUUAGCCAUUUAGUAAGCAUCCUUUGAGGGUAGAGGGUACAAAUUCUUGCUUCACUUUCAAAUUUUGAAGAUUCUGCUUCAUACAGGAAUGGUGAAGACUGCACAAGCAAGGAGAAUCUCAUUAAUAGUGCAUGUUUGGCUUUAACUUGUAAUAGACAUUUUUUUUUCCUUUCUAUUUUCAAUGUAGAGUUUAAGUGUCGUUGAUCAAA